AGCUACUUGUGAUGGCAAUUGACUGGAUAUGUUUUAAUCAUCACUGUGUGCAAUCAAACGCUGCGCUUCUUUGAUGACGUAAUGUCUUUGUUUAGCUUCAUCUUGUUUCAAACAAGGUAAAUUUUUAAUUUGUUGUGAGAGGGAAAUUUGCAAGGAACAUGCGACUUAUGCCAAGGAAUAAGUAUAUUGCUCUCUGCUUCCUCGCCAUUGUAUUCAUGUUGAUCACCAUGCUAACUGACUCCAGUCGAAACCUCGGAAACAUGAGGACGAAAUGGAUCAGUGAAAUCCAACAAAGAGUAAUGCUCAAGAUGAAUACGUCAACAUUAAGCCAGACUGACAUAAAUCUACGUAGUCAAAAUUGGCAGGAAGCAUACACCAAUAUUAAUAGAAGAGAAGCCCUUCUUUUCGGAAAAUUUCCCAGCAAAAUGGGUUUCCUAACCAUAGGAAUUCCUUCCGUCAAAAGACGCAACAUGACCUAUCUCGAGAAUACACUUCAGUCUUUGGUGUCAAAAGCAUCACCAGAGGAUCGCGGAAGAGUAAUUAUUGUGGUGUUUUUGACUGAUAGUAAUCACACUUGGGUGAUCCAUCGAGCCAAGGAAGUCUACAAAAGAUUCAAAGAACAUGUAGAUUCCGGUUUUAUACAAAUUGUACAUCCACCACACAUCCUUUACCCUAACUUCCGGUUGCUGGAGCGCCGGUUCAAUGACAGCCCGGAGAGAGUGGCCUGGCGGAGCAAGCAGAAUUUAGACUACUCUUAUUUGAUGACGUACUCACAACCUCUGUCGAAAUAUUACCUACAGUUAGAGGAUGACGUCAUUGUUACUAAUAAUUACACACGUAAACUGAAAGAUUUUAUAAAUAGAAACCCAAACAAAUGGCUUUUCUUGCGUAUGUCAAAACUUGGAUUCAUUGGGCUUCUAUUUAAAAAUUCUGAUUUAUUGAAAGUUGCUGAAUUUUUACGUAUAUUAUUUGACGAAAAACCCUGUGAUCUCCUUAUAAAUGAUUUACGUGUCAUCAAAGGACAAACAAAAGAUAUAUUACUGUCUCCCUCCUUAUUUCAACAUAUGGGUGUUAUUUCCUCUUUAAAACAUCAAAUUCGGCAUGUCAAAGAUAAAACAUUUAAGGAUUAAUUCUUUUAUUUCUCUGCGUCUCCAAAUUAUCAUUCUCAGUCAAUAGAGACAAUUAUUCCCUUUUUGAAAGUCAAAGAAAAAUGAACAAGGAAAAGCAUUUUG